AGCAUAAAAAAGUAAAACAAUUUUAAGCGUUGCGCGUCCACAAAAAGCUUUCAUGGAUUUCUUGUUGCUGCUGAUAGAAGACCAAGAAAUUUACGCUUCUGAGAAAGAAUCUGUUAAGAAAGAAUGUUAACAAAGAAUCAUUGCCGCAGCUGCGGCAGCCAUGUACUGUAAAUCGUAUUUCAACAUUUCCUUGAGGUUGUGAGGGUGGCGGUGGCCUGUGAUCUAAGUUUUAAGUUUUUUCCACAAGCUUUAAAUUACUAUUAAUCCCCAUAACUUCGUGCCAUUCUCUACGUGAUUCUGUUAUUCAUAGAAUUUCCGUAUACACUCUGACUUCCGAAAUAUACCCUGAGUAUAUUUCUUCCUGAAUUGUCCAUGGAAGUCUGCGGAAUCGCGAAGAUUACAUUUUCGAGUCCGCGUCUUAGUAUUCAAUGCAGUCCACGUUUACAACAUUUAUAAAUAGUUCUUUUCUUCCGGAAAGCCGUAAAGUGCACAUUCUUAAAUCAAGACGAACACGAUCUGUGGGCAGAUAUUUAUGGUAUCCUGCGUGGAGUUUGCUUGUCUACCUGUGCCAUAUUGGAUUUGCGUGUGGUGCAAAAAAGAUGACAAACUAAGAGCAACAUGUCGAAAGAUUCCUUGAUGAAAUGUGUUUUAGUUUCGCCACAAUCAAGCCGAGAUUCGAGGAAAAAUGCUAAGAGCAAUGCGACAAGUUAUGAAUGUUUUUCCUUCCUGGACGAUGUCAAGUGUCCUCGUAUUUCAUGCCUGGCUGAUAUCCUGUUCCCACCAAAAAGAAAGCUUCUCCCUGCAGAGUUACUCAAACUAAACAGCCUAGCAACUCUUUUGUGUGUUUUUACUUUGCUUGUGGCGCUGGCAUUAAGUGUUGUAUGCUAUGCAACUUAUUCUGGCACAAACAGCUCUGGAAUAUUUGCGUAUGCAUUUGACGCCCUACUUCAAGCUAUAUCCUCGUUGAUGUUAAUCUGGAGAUUUUCAAGCUUCACGAAUGUUAGUACGGAUGAUAAAGAAACAAUUGCAACACUUGGAGUGGCAUUUGUGAAUGCUGUGUCAGCCAUUUCAAUUAUUGUGCCGACCAUUUUGUCUGUGACUCGCAAAGAAAAGGAAACCGAUAUGAAGAUUACAGUGAUUGUGGCCUCUAUAGGAGUGACAUUAUACUUUGGGUUAUUUUAUAUCAAAUUUAAACUUUCUCGCAAGUUGGGUAGCUCGGCUCUUAUGACGGAUACAAUGGAUUCCCUGGGUGGGUCAUUGAUGGGUCUGGGUGUGUUGGUUAGUUCACUCGUCGUUCUGUUUUCCAAUAAAGCUUGGUUACUGGAUGAUAUAAUAGCUUUGAUCAUCGCUGGACUUAUGUGUCUAUAUGCUGCAGUAGUUAUGAUCAACCAAGUAAAAAUAUGCACUAAUAGUAAUACACAUAAAACUGCAAAAUAACUUUAGAUGAUUUAUACCGCUGAACAUAAUGUUUCUUCUCAGUUCAACAAUGCGAGGCCUGGCGCUAGGAGAUUUGUUGCAUGAAGUCAUUGUUCUCAAGCUAUAGUAAAGGAAUAUUAUACGACCCGGCGAAUAUGAAGGGAUCGCUGCGAGAUUUAUUUAACCAGAAUAUGUAAAGUGCCUAGUGUUUGUGUUGAUUUUAAUGUUUAUUGUGUAAAUAUUUUCUUUGUGCGUCCUACAUUCCUGCUGUAGACGGAGAUAAAAAAUUUGAUAAAUUUCUAGAAAUAAAAUAUGAUCACGAAAGUGUUGAAUCUACGUAAAAACGGCAAAGUUGCUUCAAAACGCACCGUUUUAGGUCCUGAAAUUAAUAAAC